UCUUCCUUCUUCCUCUGUGGGAAUGGAAUUGGCCAUGGCUUCCCUUCUCCCUUCCCUUCCAUAAUUUGUGUUUCGUAAAAGAGAAAAAGAAAUUUAAAAAAAUAAAAAAAAAUAAAAAAAAAUAAAAAGAAAUUAAAAAAGGAACGAAAAUCCGUUUGCGUAACCACUACCACCGAUUCAUUCAUUUCAUUCUAAUAAAUUUUCCACUCCCACCGCACCACCUCCCUACAAUUUCUCUCUCUCUCCUAUAAUUCUUCUUCAUCUUCAUCUUCAUCUUCAUCUUCAUCUUCUUCGUCGGUACCUUACCUCUCCAGAAACCUCUAUCCAUCUCUCCAACACAUGUAUGUAUUUUUCUAGAUCCUAUUCCUCUUCUUCAUCAUUGUCUCCGCCCCCUUUUGAUUCUUCAUACACAAUCCUCAAGGAUCUGGAGAUGAUCUUUCUUCUCAUCUGACACUGCCCAAAUGACUUCUUCUUGAGGCAGUGAACCCUCAGAACUUUCGGUAUUUUAAUUUUCACAUUAUCUGAACUUCAUCAGUUCAAUUCUGGGGAAAAUGUUGGGUGGCAACAAUGGCAAUGGCCUGCUUCCUGUUUUCCUGGAUGAAAAUCGAACUCAGUAUCAAACUAAUGCUUCUGGUCAGCUGCAGUUAUUUGGGAAUUUGCCCGUUAGCUGUGGAAUUGAGCCUGUAAAUUAUUUUGGAAACGAGCAAAUAGUUCAUAUGCUUCGCCCUAACAAAAGAAGUAGGGAAAUAGAAGAUUUCUCACGGCAGCAGAAGCUUCAGAUUUCCCUAAAUUAUGCUUGUCAAGAUGAUGCUGAUCGUUCAGCGAGCAUUAGAAACCCAAAUGCUGUAUCGACAGGUUUAAGGCUAUCGUAUGAUGAUGACGAACACAACUCCUCUGUUACCACUGCAAGUGGAAGUAUGACCGCUGCACCUUCCAUCAUCUUAUCACUUGGUGACAAUAUCAGGACUGAGAUUGAUAGACAAAAGGAAGAAUUUGAUCAAUAUAUUAAACUUCAGGAAGAACAUUUGGCAAAGGGUAUUAGGGACAUGAAGCAAAGACAUAUGGCUUCCUUUCUUAGUGCGAUUGAGAAAGGCAUAGGAAAGAAACUACAUGAAAAGGAUGUUGAAAUUGAGAGCAUGAACCGUAAAAACAGAGAACUAGUGGAGAGAAUAAAGCAUGUUGCCACUGAAGCACAAAAUUGGCAUUGCAGAGCAAAGUACAAUGAGUCGGUCGUAAAUGUCCUGAAAAACAAUCUUCAGCAUGCUAUUUCGCAGGGUGCCGACCAAGCGAAGGAAGGGUUUGGAGAUAGUGAAGUGGAUGAUGCUGCCUCAAACAUUGAUCCAAAUAAUUACCUAAGCGUUCCAGGUGGGACUAUAAAAUCUUCAACGAGCAAUUUACCAGGUUUCAAGGAGCACAUGAUUUGCAGAGCGUGCAAGGCAAAAGAGGUUUCCAUCCUGCUUAUGCCUUGUAGACAUUUAUGUUUGUGUAAAGAUUGCGAUGGACUUGUAAACGUCUGUCCUGUCUGUCACUUGAUCAAAACGGCUGGUAUCCAAGUGUUCCUGUCCUAAAUUAAAAUCUUACCAAAGUGCAAAAGAAAUCUUGUUUUCCUUGUGUCUGUAUGAUAUAUACCUUCAAUUUUUUUAAUCACUAAAGGGAACGUUGAAGUUGCUCAUAAAAAAAGUGGGUUUAUCGUA